CUGCUUCUGCUGCUGCUUGGCUAACACACACAAAUGUCUUCCAAUCUGAGCUGCUUUCAGCCACACUGUUUCAUCUGGUGCUAUCAGGGCUGAUGAGAGCCACUCGUCUUUCUGGGCCUGCUGCAGCUGCUGUGUGAGAGACACAGUCGGGCUGUGAAGGCAUGUCUGUGUCUUGUUGGUGGUGCUUUGUGAGCCGCCAAGUAGAGUUCGGAGAAUUUUGAAGUUUCUUGGUUUUAUCAUCAUGAUAUCCAUAUGGGUGUCAGUGAUAGUCAUGCUGGUGGCAUUUGUGAAUGGAGCACGGAAUGAGGAUGUCACACAACCAUGUGCGAGCAUCCAGACGUCCAGCUCAGUGGUGCCUUUGGGGUCACCUGUCACAGCCACCUGUGUCAUCAGAAAUGACUGCCUUCUGGUCACUGGACAAGAUGCUCAUAUUGAGUGGCGCCUUGGCAACCGUGUUAUUCCCAGCCGCCCCGUGGCCAGUGAAAGUGGCAGGGCUUCUGAGGUUGUUAUACCAAGCUUCAAUCACACCAGCGCAUUCCUCACCUGCUGUUUCCAGGCCUCUCCUCCUCAAGUACUGAAAGGAGUGAAGAUCACAGCUGGAUAUCCACCAGAACCACCACAAAACCUCAGCUGUCAGACAAACCUCACCACCCCUAACACCCUGACCUGUAGCUGGGACCCUGGGCAGCAAGAGACCCACCUCCUCACAAAGUACACCCUCCACACCAAGAUAUGGGAUACAGAUGACAACUAUGCUUACGAGCCACCAACAGGAGUCCACCAGUAUACCAUCCCUCGUUCUGGCUUUGUCCUCUUCUCUGAAAUGGAGAUAUAUGUGAAGGCGGUGAACGAACUUGGAGAGGCAGAUUCCGUUCCUAUUACUCUGGAACCCGUCAGUGCAGCUAAGUUUGACCCACCCAAGAUUGUGAAGGUUGAAGCAGUGUCUAAAAGGUAUGGCUGCCUAAAGCUGAGCUGGAGCUUGUCGCAGCAACAGGCCUGGAUGCGUAACUACCCAAUGAACCUGGAAGUCCGACUUAAGACUGCUGACAGUAGUCAAUGGAGUGAACAACCAAUCCUGGUGAGUCGGGCUAGACCAACCAGACCUGUGGACCAGUGUCGCCUGCUCCACGGGACUCAGUAUUUUGCCCAGAUUAGAGUCCAAUACCAGCAGAGCCCAUGGAGUGAAUGGAGCAGCAGCCAGUCUGGAGUCACCUUAGAGAGUGCUCCCACUGGACGCCUAGACUCGUGGAUGAAGCUAUCAGGGGACCACAUGCACAAACACAACAUACACUUGUUUUGGAAGCCAUCAAAACAAUUCCGUGCCAACAGCCAAAAUGUGUCAUAUAUUGUCUCAGUGCAAAAACUGCCAGGUGAAAAGGGAAAGGUGUGCUCUACGAUGGGGAAUUACUGUAGAUUCCAGCUUCACAAAAAAGCAAAGAAAGUGUAUCUGACCGCUGUAAAUGCAGCAGGGAAAUCCUUACCCACUGAAGUUCGGAUUUACCAAACUAAAGCUCUUACGGUGAUAUCAGACCUCGCAGCCGUUCCAUGUGAUGACGACGCCCUUCUGGUCCAGUGGAAAAACAUGGAUAUUUCAAGUGUCACUGGUUAUGUGGUUGAAUGGAGUCCCUUGUUAAAAACAGACCUCUCCCUCACCCAGUUUGAAAUUGCAGGCAGAAACCAGUCCAGCCUCAUUAUAACAGGAAGCUUUGAGCCCUACAAGCCCUAUGAGAUCUCUGUGUAUCCUAGGUUUAAGGAUGGGAUAGGCCUUCCUCAGACUGUUAAUGCCUACUCAAGACAAAAGGCUCCCUCAAUGGUUCCAAAAAUACGAAUCAAAAAGACUUGGCAGUCACACGUUGAGCUUACCUGGGAUGAAAUUCCAUUAGACCAAAGCAAUGGAAUUAUCCAGAGCUACAAAGUCUUCUACUGGGGUGAGAAGGGACCCAUUAAUGUUGUGAAUGCUGACCUGAAAGAGAGAAAGGUGGUCCUGAAAAACCUCAACACUGAGUCUCAGUAUGAAGCCUUUAUGAUGGUUAGCACCUUUGGUGGGAGCCUAAAUGGGUCACAGGUUCAUUUUCAAAUUGAGCCAUUUGAUGCGGUUACUAUUGUGAUGAUUGUAACUGCAUCUGGUAUUGGACUGUCGCUGCUGACCAUUUUCAUAGUUUUGACUUGUUACUCCAACCACAAAAGGCUGAAGGGGCGUUUUUGGCCAGCUAUUCCUGAUCCUGCUAACAGCAGCAUCAAGAGAUGGACGUCAGAAUCAUCAGAGGAUACACAUCCGGCCUGGGACAGAGAUGAGCCAAAUCCAAUAUACCUGUCCCACCUCAGCUUCCUGGACCUGCCAAUGAAACUGAGCAAACAGGAGGAUGAUCUUUGGUUAAACAGUGCAGAGGAAACCAGUGACCUGGGAGAGUCCAUUUGUGGCUCACCGUUCAUCCCUGGCUACUCGGGUUCAAACAGCGAAUCCGUUCCCUAUGCCACUGUAAUCUUCUCUGGCCCAUGCAGCAGCCCUCCACCCAAAGAGCCUCACGUCUACCUGCGCUCUGAGUCCACACAGCCACUCUUGGAGACUGAAGAGACCUUCAGUCCAAAGUGCUACCAGAAUAUCACAUGUGAUGGGAUGCCAAGAGGGCAGUGUUUUUUUGGACCGUGCCAUGAUGUAGCCGAAGAGCGAGCAGACCCUGAGGUUCUCUGGGACGACUUUCCUUUCCUACGAGCAUUAGCCAUGAAUGCUACCCAGGAUGACUAAAAGUUCUUUUGAUUAUAAUAACUGCUUUGCAAGAUAUUCAUGUAGAUCAGAGUUUGUGUAAUGAGUUGAUUGUGAUAAGUUGAUCGUAGUUGAGCGAUGUGAUAAGUUGGGUGUAGCACACAGCUGUAAAAUACGUGCUAGAUUUAAUGCUAAAAAUCACUUAGAAGUUUAAUGAUCAUGUUGUUCAUGUUUUGCCUGUAGCAUGCUUUAUAGAUACAUCACCUCUUCAUAAAAAAAAUUUGAAGAAAAAAAGAAUAUUGUUAAGAUGACAUUGUUGUAGGUUAUACAUUCGCAGAGCACUUUGUUAGGAAGCCCUGUACACCUACUUACUUAUGCGAUUUUCCAAUUGGCCAAACAUACACACGUAAAAAAAACAUAAAAUAUAGAUAGGCUACUGUAACUCAUACAAUUAACUCUUUACGACUGUGAUGAGCAGAAAAGCAUCUCACAGUGCACAACAUGUCGAACCUUGAGGAGGAUGGACUAAAACAGCAGAAGACCACAUCAGGUUCAACUCGUGUCAGCCAAGAACAGAAAUCUGCAGGUUCAUCAAAAUGUGACAGAGGAAGACUGGAAACGUAGCCUGGUCUGAUGAAUCUGGAUUUCUGUUGAGGCUGCAGAAAUCCAGGACCCAAACUACUUUGGGUAAACAAUCGAGGAUGGUGGUGAUGAUGUAAUAAUGCAGGGAGUGUUUACAGAGUAUUGCUGCUGACCACGUGCAUGUGUACUUCAGUGGCCUCCCCAGUCACCAGAUCUGAAUCCAAUAAAACACCUUUGGUAUGUGGUAGAAUGGGAGAUUCACAGCAUGAAGGUGCAGCUGAUAAAUCUGCAGAAAUUAUGAGAUGCAAUCAUGUCAAUAUGGACCAGAAUCUGGAAGGAAUGUUUCUUAACAUCUUGUAGAUGAAGAACUGAGGCUGUAAUGAGAGCAAAGGAAGGCUCUACAUAUUGUAUGGUGUACAAGAAAGUGCUUGGUGAGUGUAUGUGAAUGUUCUCAGAAAUACUUACAUUUUGUGCGAAAUGGACAUAGUUUAAACACUUUCUUUGAAUAAAAAUAUGAAACCUUA